AUGGGGACUUGGAUUCUGUUCACUUGCCUAAUAGGAGCAGCAUUUGCUAUACCACUUCCUCCUCAUCCUGCACAUCCCGGUUAUAUCAACUUCAGCUACGAGGUGCUUACCCCUUUAAAAUGGUACCAAAAUAUGAAGCGGCAGCAGUACCCCUCUUAUGGUUAUGAGCCCAUGGGCGGAUGGCUUCACCACCAGAUAAUCCCCGUGCUGUCCCAGCAACAGACCCCGACUCACGCGCUGCAGCCCCACCACCACAUCCCCGUCAUGGCCGCCCAACAGCCGAUGCAGCCCCAGCAGCCAAUGAUGCCGAUGCCAGGCCAGCCCUCCGUGACCCCGACGCAGCACCAUCAGUCAAACCUCCCUCAGCCGGCCCAGCAACCCUUCCAGCCCCAGGUUCCCCAGCAGCCGCCUCACCAGCCAAUCCAGCCCCAGGCCCCGGCGCACCCCAUGCCACCGAUGCCACAGCCGCCGCUGCCUCCGAUGUUCCCCAUGCAGCCUCUGCCCCCGCUGCUGCCAGACUUGCCCCUGGAGCAGUGGCCGGCAACUGACAAGACCAAGCGAGAGGAAGUGGUGAGCGGUCCCUUUUCUCGCUCCUGGUGA